AAUAGAAGAGACGAGAUGUAAAGAGAAGAUUCUAGAACCCGUUGUAUUAAACCCUCUGUAAAACCCUAACAUGGGAAAUAAAACCCCAAACUGAGGCGAACAAAGAACCUGAGAUUCAGAAUUCUCUAGAAGGCGAGAGAGAGAGAGAGAGAAAUGGCGAAGCGGCUGGUUCCGUUGUUGAAUCGGGUUCUGGUGGAGAAGAUCGUUCCCCCAUCGAAAACGAACGCCGGCAUCUUGUUGCCGGAGAAAUCCACCAAGCUGAAUUCUGGAAAAGUAGUUGCGAUUGGGCCUGGAAUUCGUAGCAAGGAAGGGAAUCUAAUUCCGGUUUCUGUUAAAGAAGGCGACACUGUGCUUUUGCCUGAAUACGGUGGAACUGAGGUCAACCUUGCUGAUAAACAGUAUCAUCUUUACAGAGAUGAAGACAUACUGGGGACGCUGCAUGAUUGAUUUGUACCAAUUCUUGUUCUGCUUAAUUUGACCUGUUUCUUGUUGUUAUCAUCAUUUUUAAUGUAUGUUGUCUGCUGUUGGAACAAACCAUUUUUCUGCAACAAAUGGGGAAACUCUUUUUGAAUGCAUUGUGCUCGCUUGCUUAAGCAUUUUCCUUUCAUUGUAACUCAUAUAUUGGAAUCAGACUUGAUCAAUUGGAAAUGAAAAUCAUCGAGUUAUAUAUAUGGUGAUUCAAUGCAUUAUUCAAUAUUCCUCAAAUCAAGUUCUGUAGUCCACUGUUUUAUGUAGUCCGAUUUCAUUGGCUAAUCCAUCAACCAUAAUUCUUGACCCAGUUAGUGGGGUCACUGGAUCUUCGCUCCAUACAAAUAGGUUGAGAUUAGAUCAUACCCAAUUGAUUCUGAAGUGUGAGUAAAGAAUCAGGCAUAUUGAAUUCUAUUAUCAUAGUAUUGCUCAUAGGAUUUUCUUUACAAUUUGGUUCGGUCUAGUGUUAACUUCAUAUUCAGAAUUGGUACCCAGUAGUGCUCUUUCUGAGAUAUAUUUUGAUUGCAAUGUAUAUUUUAUUUUGUUAUGAAUCCUGAUCAUGAUAGUCAUAAUUCUAACUCUGUAAUACAAGGGUGACAAGCUAAAUAAACACAAGAGUAUAUUUUAUAGUCGCAUGUAAAUUCUUAAAUUCUUAAGUUUGAUGUGUAGAAUUACAAUUCAAGAAACACUUACUCGCUACAAGUUGAUUAUUCAGGGACACGACAACAAGCUUAGCAUGGAGAGCUUCAUGCACCUCCUUCCUAUUUAAGUAUAUCCAUUGUUUCGUCUUCAGCACAAAUGUCUAUCUUGUGUCUCCUUUCUUAUUUUAGUAUAGUUACAGACUGGUGUGGAUUUCAUAUGCUGAACUUGGAUCUGUCCAUGACCAUAAAACUCACAACUAGAGUUCAAGUCAGUUUUAAAGUCAAGGAGAGGAUUUCCUAUCUACAAAGUGCAAAAUGUCACCAUAGAACAGGGUUUCAUGUAUCUUGUUAAUACCAGUUUUUUUCUCAUCA